UAAYGGUUAGUAACCGUCUUUGUUAACUAACAAAACACGGUUAAUAGCCGUGUCAGCAUACUUCCGCAACUUGCCGGAAGUUACUUCGUUACCGUUUUAGCCGUGUCAGCAAGCUUGCCGGGAAACAACAAACAAAUAUACUACUGAAUCGUUGACCGAGACGAAGCUUACAAGCACACUUUUACCAGUUUUCCCGAUGUUUUCGACCUCAUGCCAAAGACACCUCGUCGCCUUCAAAAACCUAAGAACCGUAGUACUUUUACWGUUAGAUCUUUAAUAUCUAAUCGAAAACGGAAUGUGAAUUAUGUGAACAAGGGAGCGACGACUUGUGUCGACCAUACAAAAUCAACAACCGAAGAUCAGGUAAGCUUACCAUCCUCGAGUGUACCUGAAUUGUUUGAGCCAACCUUAAGAGUCGAUAAGACUCCACAAACCUGGACUAGUCGAACGGAAAAAAGCUGUGAAGAGUGGAACAACCUCGCGACUWAACUUCGACAGACUUGGGUUGACCAUGAGGCCGCCAUUGAUGGAGUCUUAUGCGUCCAUUGUGCUCAAACAAAAGGUGCUAUAAGAUGCAAAGACUGUGGGCCAGAUCAGUUUUUUUGUGAAGACUGUGCAUUUGAUCUUCAUUCAAAACGAUGUAUCUUUCAUCGACUUGAAAAAUGGGAGAAUGGUUUUUACAGUCCAUUUGCACUACGAAAGCAAAUGACCUCAUUACUUCAGCAGCACAUUAAUUCAUGCAAAACUAAAGUAAAAAAUGUUAAACUUAUAGAUGAUAGAGGAAUUAGUAAUGAAGUGGAGUUCAAGUUCKGUUCUUGUGAAGAUGAAGCUUCCGCAUUACUCCGUAAUGGAUUCUGGCCAUUUUCGCUACAGAAUCCACAAUCAGCUAUUAGUCUAGUACUCCUGGACCUCAUUUAUUUUUUAAUAAUGGAAUGCCAAGUUUCCCUGAAACGCUCAUGUUCCGCGAUCAAGCUCUUGGCUCAGCCUUUUCAGCACUCAAAGGUCAAUCUCCCCAAUGUGUASAAGAGUCUGGUCAAUAAUGGAUCAUUCCAACAGUAUUGUCUUUUCAGAUACCAUCUUAAUUAUUCUGUUGUAAAUUGUGACCCUGGCAAUGUUUGUCCUGCAUGUCCAAAGGACCCUGAUGAAACAAUCAUUCAUUCAUUUGAUGCUUGCUUUGGACUUGUACGAAAGAAAUCUGCUGGUAAAAGCACUGGUCCUCCUUUACUUGAAGGGAUAUUUUUCACACCACAGAAGGAUGUUGAUGAGUAUGUUGCAAGCUAUUCUAAAAAAAAGACCAAAAUUUCAUCAGACUGCAACGAAUUUCAUGCUGGUGAAGUACAGUCUAUGAUCCGAUCAAAGGGGAAGGCAAAAGUCUUUGAUGAAAAGGYAGUACUUGGUGGUAUAUGUAGGCAWGAAGCUCCAACUGUUGGAUUCAUGAAUACAAAGGCAGGAGAAAAAAUUUCAUUUUCAAUUUACUACUUGCAAGAAUUGCUAAAGAAAAGUUCUGGUCAAGUGAUCUUUAUCUAUGAUAUUGGUUGUAUCCUUCAUAAACACAUCCAGGUGAAGUAUGGACCAAAGAGAUGUAAAGGAAUUGGUCUGUCAGAUGGGGAAGCAACAGAAAGACUAUGGUCCUAUUUAAGACGAUUUUCUGCCAUCACAAAGAAAAUGACUGCAUCCAAUAGAAUCAAUACUCUUACCUUGUGUCUUUUACACUACAUGGAACGUUCUAAAGCCAAACUUGGCAAGUUGUUGGUAACCAGAUUGAAGAAAGCUAAGAAAUGUCUCUCUAAUUCUAAAGAAGAACUGAGUACUCUACUUUCUUCUGUACAAGGUGCUACCACUGAAAAAGUCGCUGAGUGGGUUUGCNGACGCACUUCCAGUUCAAUGCUAGUUUCAUCAUCUCAUCCAAGUUGCUUUGCUUUUGAUUGA